AUGAAGAAUCCCAUCAUGUUCCAGGCCGCGUACCAGCCAAAGGCUCCCUGUGGCUUGAACGCCUUGAGCAUGGCUGGCCAGGUGAGCGAAAGAAUAAAGUUGAAGAACCAGCAACAACAAGGUUCUGCGGCCAAAUUUGUCAAUCGAGAAAAAGGCCGGCAAGGCAAACACCCAGUUGAGCAUACCGAAACCCCACGAUGCAAUAAGGGAGUCCUUGAUGGUGAAACCCGAGUCCAGGAAGAUGGAGGACGAAUAGUACGCGAUGACGUUGAUUCCGCAGAACUGCUGCAUGAACAUGCAGACCCACGCGCCAAUGGCACCGUUUCUGUUUCUUCUCACGGUGACCAUCUCCUUGAGCUUGGUGAAGAACGAGCCGCUCAUUUCUCCCUCCUCGAGCAGCAAAACGUGCGAGUAGAAUGCGUCUCUGGCGGCCUGCAACGGGGUGUUUCUCAUCUUGACCAGCGAGUCAAACGCAUCCCUGUGUCUGCCUUUACCCAUGAGCCAUCUUGGGGACUCUGGACAGAACGGAAUCUGGGCGAGAAUCACAAACGAAGGCAGGCACGCAGAUCCCAGCAUCAGACGCCAGUUCAGACCCUUGUGGAUCCCAUGGUCAGGAACAGAGUAGAACGCAAUACCGAACACGUCUCCCAGCAUGAUACCAAAAGCGGUCCAGAUCUGCCAGUUCAUCACAAGCGAACCUCUGAUUCUGGCCGGAGCACACUCGGAAGAGUACACAGGCACAGUGGUGGAGUUUGGUCCCACGGCGAAACCAAGGAAGAAUCUGGCGAUAAACAAAUGCCACCAGUUAUUCACCAGAGCAGACCAGAUACAGCACAAGGCUCCGAUGAUACAGCACAGGAAGAUCACUCCUCUUCUCGACAGCUUGUCGUUCAGCCAAUCCGUGCACCACACAGAAACACACGAACAACACAGGUACGGAGCACAGUUGACCAGUCCGUUCAGCCAGGUGUCGUGGUCGGACUUGGAGCCGAUUCCCAGACGGGCAGGGUAGUAUAUGUUUGCACCGUUGAUCACGGUCUCAUCCAUACCCUGCACACAAGCGGCCAUGGACGCUGUUCCCACCAGCCAGUACAAAGUCUUUGGCAGUUUCCAUGGGUUGUGGAUCUCGUCGUACAAGGCGUUCUUCUCCGUUUCGGUUAG